AUGGCGUCCUUCGGGAUGGGACCAUCCCGACGUAACCUGGAUGCCAACGCCGGCAGAGAGGUGGUGUAUUGUCAUUCCUGCGCGCACGAGUGGUAUAGUGACGAGCACCCGCCGAGACUGGAGCCCGAGUGCCCGAGAUGUCAUAGUGAGAUUGUAGAGAUUGUCGAGCCAGGAGAGAACGACCCUCGUAUCGGAGCUGGUGGCUUCGGCCUCGGUGGUGGUGGCUCCGGCUCUUAUUUUCGCCGCAAUGCUGCUGGCGAGGACUCGGACCCCGAAGAAGACGAUAUAGAGAAUCAUCUCCCCGGCGGCCCUGCUAGAAGCCCGUUCGGACAAGGUUUGUUCCCGCCGUCACCUGGUGCGCCAGAUGGGGAUAACAAUCGACCUGGCGAUGAGGUGUUUAACCGUUUCUUCGAGCUUAUUAUGCAUGAUCUGGGCGGCGGUAGACACGUUCGCGAGAGCCAGGGUGCUAACAACAAUCCCGGCGCCGGCGCCGCCCCAUCAACACCACAGCCGGGAAGACACGUUCACUCGGCGACAUUUACAUUUGUCUCGGGACCAGGAGUGAGGCCAAACCAGCCGCCUCCCAUUCUGCCCCUCUUUGGACCGUAUGCUAGAUCCCACCCUCGCCAUCCCUAUCAUCAUCAUCAUCAUUCUGGACCACAUCGCACCGUGACGUUUGUAACAGGGGGCAAUGUUGCUGACGGUGAUCCACUCAACAGGAUGUUGGCUCACGUUAUGGGCGUUCCUAAUGUGGGCGGCCCUCAGGAGCAAGGUCAGCCCGGAAAUAGUGCAGCUGGGCCCCCUCCGAUGGGUGGUGUGUUUGCACUGCCGCAGUUGCUUUCGACUAUCAUGAACCCAGCCGCGGCGGUUCAUGGCGAUGCUGUGUUCACCCAGGAAGCGCUCGAUGGAAUCAUCACACAGCUCAUGGAGAAUUCUCCUCAGACGAACGCUGCCCCGCCGGCUUCCGAGACUGCGAUUGCGAGCUUGGAGAGGAAGAAAGUCGACGCCGAGCUGCUUGGACCGGAGGGCAAAGCCGAGUGCACGAUUUGUAUCGACGAAUUCAAGAUGGGCGACGAGGUGACGGUGUUGCCGUGUAGCCACUGGUACCACGGCGAGUGCGUCGUCCUCUGGCUCAAAGAGCACAAUACCUGCCCCAUCUGCCGAAAGCCGAUUGAGAACCGAGAAGAGAACAACGCUGGUGACAACAGCAGCAGCGGUCAGCGGUCACCUAGUGCCGAUCAGGCGGCUUCUUCGUCAUCACAUACGCAACAGCCUGGGCAAUCUUCGAACGAGGGUGCGCGAGUGUUUGCGACCUUUUCUCCACGAGUCACUGCUCCCAGACCAGAGGAAGAAGGAGCGUCGGGUUCUUCGACUGGCUAUCAAAUUCCGACGUUGUUUAGCAGCUACACCUCGCGGGUUAGGACGCCGCAGGAGAACCAGGAACGACUUGAACGUAUGGCUGGAGGUGGUGGUGGUCAGCGCCGUAGCUCGGCUUCCCCGCCCGGGGCCUGGCCUGAGGAUGAUACUGCCGAGCCUAGGUCAUCUAGGCAGAGGAGUCCGUCGAGGCCGAGGGAUGAGAACUGGGAUGGGAAUAACAGCGGGAGCGGCACUCCGGGGGAGAGUAACAGACGGAGUUACUUUUCGAGCUUUACGUCUGCUGGACGGGAUCAACAGCAGCAGCAGCAGCAGCAGCAGAGGGAGGGGUCGUCGUCUUCGAACAACAAUAACAACGGUGGCAAUGGUGGGAGUAGUGGUGGUGGUGGUAGUGGUGGUGGUAUUGCUUCAUGGAUUAGAGAUCACUGGACUAGGGACCGAGGCAAUGGGAAUGGGAAUGGGAAUGGGAAUGGGGGACGACGGUGAGGGGGGAGAGAGAGGGGGUGUGUUGAGUAAUGUUUAUGGCGACUAUGACUUUUUCAUCGUGCGGUUUGGUCAAGGUGGAGAGAGACGAGCUCUCGCUCAAGGAUUUAUUCAGCAACAGGAGGAACAGCAACAACAACUUUUAGUACAUGCUUCUUGUCUUUGGGUUUUGGGGUGAGGGGGUAUUUAUCGUUAAUGAUUGGUUAGGGUCGGUCUGUCGGUUGGCGCAGGGAGUUUGGGAUGUUUUUUUGUCGGACUACUUACUACUAAGGGACUUGAAGGUUCAUUGAUGGGAAAGGGAGACAGAGGGUGAUGAUGAGAUCAUGGCAUGCAAACUUUGUACUUGUACCUCUUUUGCUAAGGGUUCACAUCCAUUGCGAACUUUCAACGGGGCAUUGUGGGACAGCACAUCAUGGCAUAUCAUCAUAUCAUCUGUUAGACUUCUAGCUGCACAUGCAAUUGGAGAUUGGCAUGGAGAUAUGGGAAUGGGGCAAGCAGGCGAGGAGGGUUUUUUGGGGCGUUGUUAGUCAGGGAUGUAGGGUAUAUAUGUAGAAGUUUGUAGGUGGUGGUGAAUGAAGUGUGCAAACCGAUUGAUACUGCGUAGAUUGUGGUCGCCUGACAAGUACUAGUCGG